AUGGCCAACACUGUCUUGAUCACGGGCGCCAGCUCUGGCAUCGGGCUCGCCUCUGCUAAGCUCUUCUUCGAGAAGGGCUGGAACAUCGUCGCCACGAUGCGGGCCCCAGAGAAGGACACAGAACUCAAGCAGCUCGACCCGGCACGCAUGCUCGUCCUCCGUCUCGAUGUGCAGGACCUGGCCAGCAUCGCGCCCGCCGUUGAUGCCGCCCUCGCCAAGUUUGGCACGAUCGAUGUCCUGCUGAACAACGCUGGGUAUGGACAAUUCGGUGUUUUCGAGAUGACGUCACGCGAGAAGGUGCAAGAGCAGUUCGAUGUCAAUAUCUUCGGCUUGAUGGAUGUCACGCGCGCCGUACUUCCGCACUUCCGCAAGAAUAAGAAAGGCGGAAUUAUCAACGUCAGCUCCGGCGCAGGCCAUUUCGCCCUGCCGAUGACGACGAUGUACUGUGCGAGCAAGUUCGCGCUAGAGGGAUUCACGGAGGCGCUCGCGUUCGAGCUCGCGUCCCAGAACGUGUUCGUCAAGUCUAUCGUUCCCCAUGGCGGCGUCACCUCGACGAAUUUCAGCGAGCGCUUGAUGGCGUCAGCGGCCAACGACCCGCGCUUCGACCAGGAUUACGACGCGUUUGUGCAGAAGACAGUGGAGUACCUUAAGAAGAUGGGUACCGCCCAGACGAUGGACUCCAUCGAUGUGGCGCAGGUGAUUUUUGAGGCGGCCACGGAUGGCUCGGAUAGGUUGAGGUAUAUGGUGGGUGAUGACAAGCGGGGAUUUAUCAAGGCGCGAUAUCCGAAGGAUGACCAGGAGUAUGUCGCGUUCAUGCGCGAGUUCUUCUAG